AUGACCACCCUUCCCAUAACCCCCUCCCUCAUCCCCCCCCUCACGGGAAGAACAGCCCUCAUAACAGGCGGCUCCUCCGAAAUAACCCUCUCCACUGCUCUCUUGCUGGCCGAAAAAGGCUGCUCAAAAGUCAUCAUCCUCGACCCAGAACACAACGACUCUUUACUCACACCAGAUCCAGGCAUACCUUCUUGCCUGGCUUUUCUGAGAGUUGACGUCAGGAAUUGGAAGGAGCUAAAAGCUGCGGUAAAAGGAUGCGGAGAAGUUGACUACGCGUUUUAUGUACCAGGGCCAGAGAGGAUUCUCUUCGAGGUUGGGGGUGAAGGUGAUGAUGAUCGGGAAGGCGAAAACGGGGUGGGGAUGGACUGGGCGAGGGAGGUGAGGACUGUGGGGGACUUUGUGAAAGUUUGUUGGGCGGUUAUGGCGCGGUCGGGUGUUGGGAGGCUGGGGGAUGAGAAGGGGAAAGGGGGGAGUGUGGUCAUUUGUGUACCGGGUGGUGCUGGGGGUUACAUGUCUUGUCAUGUGCUGCCUCCUGUGGGGAUGCCUGGGGAGGGCGUGAUGGAUGGGUGUGCAGGUUCUGCUAUCCUAGGAAUGAUACGCUCGCUGAGGACGGUUGCUAUUCAAGACGGGGUAGCUAUCAAUGGGGUUGCUGUUGGCCCUACGUUUCCGUCUACUUCAGAUGCGAUGCCAUCAACGACACCGUUGCCUCCUUUGACACCGGGUGUUCAGCUGGAGAAGCUUCCCGUCAAAACUGCCGAUGAGAUUGCCCUUGCACUUGUCUUUUCGGCCACAGCGACACAAAAACGGAAGGUGGAAGUGUACGGAAAGGAGAAGGAUUCUGAUCUGUUUGCUGGGAAGAAGGAGGACAGGAAGUGGAAUGGGAGAGUCGUCUUCACAACAGGGACAUCCCCCAUGGCGUACACAGAGGUCGAGGAGGGACUGGCUGAUCUGAGAGGGUGGUGGCUGGGAAAGGAGAAUGUGAGGAUGGUAAGGAUGCAGCAGGCGGUUGGAGACUUUAGGCCUUUCGAGGUGGAUCACAAACCGGAGCCUUGA